GGGGUUAGCUGCGUAGCUUUAACACCGCCCGCACUGACGAGCAGACGACACUUUUUACUUUCGGUUUGUCUCGCGGAGCAGUUUAAUCUGUUUUAUUAUUAAUAAACAGUAAUAAUAGUGUUCAGAGACUCAGACGAGGUGAAGCCAUGAAGACAUUCAUCAUCCUCGUUAUCCUGGCGGUGAUCGGCUGUUCGUCAUCCGCUAAAGACUCCUCAGCCAAGGUCCAGGUGUACAGCCGUGAACCGGGAACCAUUGGGAAAGCAAACACCUUCAUCUGUCACGUGAGCGGCUUCCACCCUCCAGAGAUCACCAUCCAGCUGCUGAGGAACGGGAGGGAGAUGUCCGGAUCCGAGCAGACCGACCUGGCCUUCGAGGAGAACUGGCACUACCACCUGACCAGACACGUGGCCUUCACCCCCAACAAAGAAGACAGGUUCGCCUGCAACGUCACUCACUUGGGGAAGUCCAACAUACACAGCUGGGAACCAGAUAUGUGAGCUCUCUACGCUCCGCCUUGCUCCAGGUCUGCUCGGUCUCAGGGAGAGGAGGAAGAGGAGGAGGAAGAAGAUUGGAAUGAUUUUCUAUAUUUUGGGUUUCAUGGAGCUUCAGCAAAGAUUGCACUUAAAAUCCGCCGUGUGUUUUUCUAUUAGCAGUACUAAUGACAGUAAAGCUUCAGUAGGUAGUAGGUGUUGACCCGCUGGGUCAGCCAGCCAGGAUCAUAUCAUAUCACAAGCUAUAGACCUCUUUCUGUUAGGAAACAUGAUGACGUCUCUCUGGAGGAGGAGGCAGAAGAAUUCUGAAAUCAGUUUUUAGUUAUUGAAUGAUCUGCUGUCAGACACGAGGCGGAAGUCUACCGUCAGCCCACAAAUCAAAGUAAUAAAAACCCUUAGCUUUCAUUUGAUUCUAAACUCAUUUAAAAACAUGCUUCACAGAGCUUUAAAGGAACAGUGAGUAGGACUCAGCAACAUCUGGUGAUGAGGUGGCAGAUUGGAAGUAUAGACUAACUAAUAACUAAUAGAUAGAGAGAUAGAGAGAUAGAGAGAGUUUUUUUAAAACAGACUAAAGUGCAGAAUAAAGCUGUUCAUUGUUUGUAGAAACAUGGAGGCCGGCCCCAUGAAGAGCACCGGCUCCCUACGGAGAUAUAACGGCUCAUUCUAAGCUAAAGGAAACACAACGACUCUUUAAAUCAGGUGAUCAUUAUUAAUAUUAUAUUCCAUUUCUGCCAAUAGAUCCUCUAAAUACUACACACUGUUCCUUUAAAGGAAACACUGAAGAAUGGAGAUGUACAUGUUUUAUAUUCCUGUUUUCAUGCUUUGAUCUAUAAACUUCCAGCUGAGCUCUUCUCAUUACACUGAUUCAUGUAAUUGUUCUUGUGCACAUCAUUUUAUCGUUUUACUUCAAAACCUGAGCACUCGUUUCUGUUGUUUCUGAAGUAUAUAAUAUAUAUACUAGGAGACCUCAGUCUGCCAUGUUGGGCUCAGAUUGACUGUAAAUGUAUUUUAUACAAUGUGUUAAGGUAAUAAAAGUGUUGCUGACUCUU